UAGAUUUACAUCCUGGAAGAAGACAUCACUUCUGUGAUACCUUGACUUAGUCCACCGAAAAUGAAGCAAGAUUCUACUAGAAACACUGCUUACACCGUGGGUUGUGAAGAUUAUGUGCACGUAGUAGAAUUCAAUCCAUUUGACAGUGGAGAUGCAUGUUCCCUCAUUGCAUAUGGUGGCAAUGAUUAUGUAGUUGUUGGGACAUGCAGAUUUCAGGAGGAGGACGCAGAAGUGGAAUGCGUGCAGUAUAAGACACUAAGAACAUUUCAUCAUGGAAUCAGAGUUGAUGCCAUAGCAUGGAGUCCAGAAACUAGACUUGAUGCUUUACCUCCCCAGAUAAGGUUUUGUACUGCGGCUUCUGAUAGGAAGUUAAGGCUAUUUACUUCAGACCUGCAGGACAAGAAUGAAUUUAAGACAUUUGAUGGCCACACAGAUUACAUUAAUGAUCUGGUGUUUGCUCCUAAAGAAGGUCAAGAAGUUGCAAGUGUAAGUGAUGAUCACACCUGCAGGGUCUGGGAUUUGGAAGGAAAUGAGAAGGCCCAUUUUGUUCUACGUUCUCCUGGAAUGAGUGUUUGUUGGCAUCCUGAAGAGGCUUUUAAGCUGAUGGUAGCAGAGAAGAAUGGAACAAUAAGAUUCUAUGAUCUAAUUACACAGCAGGCCAUUCUCUCCCUAGAGUGUGAACAAUCGCCGCUGAUGUCAGCAGACUGGUGUUUAAAAAAUACUCUUAAAAUUGGAGCAGUUGCUGGAAGUGAAUGGCUAAUCUGGGAUAUUGCUCGCUCCAGUUAUCCACAGGAUAAGAGACCUGUCCAUGUUGAUCGAGCCAGAUUAUUCAGGUGGUCCCGAGUGAAUGAAAAUCUGUUUGCAACCACUGGAUAUCCAGGAAAGACAACUACUCAACUGCUUGUUCAUCAUUUAGGACAUCCCCAGCCCAUUCUUACUGGCACUGCAGCUGUAGGAUCUGGUUUGACGUGGCAUAGAACUCUUCCAUUAUGUGCAGUCGGAGGAGAUCAUAAAAUUUUCUUCUGGGUAACUGAAAUGUAAAAUAAGCAUUUGCCUUCAAUAUAAAACUUUACAGCAUAAUGUCUCUUUCCUAGUAAAAUGAAGGAAUUUACUCUUUGUACCGGCAUUUAUGCACUUGGAGAACAUAAGAAAGGAACAAGUGAAAUAUGAAACAUUUGCAUUUAAUUUUUAGCUUGCAAAUACAAGAGCUUCUGUAAAAUUGGCUAUCAUACAUCUGAUACUUGGUUACUUCCCUUAAAAUAAAAUGUACGCUUUUUUUAACACGGUAUUCGGUGUGAAAUGAAUUUUUAAAAGUGCUUUUUUAAAGAGAUUUUGUAUCCAGCGAUCUCGGUCUGGCGAUCUCCCUUAGUUAACACAGCUCAAAUACUUUGAAAUUGUCCAGAGUACCUACAGAAAGAACACCUGUCUCUCUAUUAACUUUCCCAACCAUCACUGUCUUAAAAGAAAGAAAUGCAAUAAUGCACUGUCAUAAAAUAUUGUCUGUGAAUGUAUUUGCUGAAUAAACUAGUUACUGCUAACAGUGAAGAAGCUAAUGGUAUAAUCAGAAUGAUAAUUUUAAGAAGGAUUAUUUCUUCUUCAGAAGAUGACAGAGGGAUUUACUUCAAGUAUGCCAAACAGCGUGUGGGUUUUUUCUAUUUGCAGCCUUUUACUACCAGCCUUUUACAGAAACAUCAGAGACAUUCUGCUUUCUAGAAGCGUAUUUUUCUCGCACCUCCCAUACAAGACCCAGAA